AUGCCAAAGUCGAAGGCGUCCGAAGCUACCGCGCAGGAAAUUGAGGCUCUCAAGCUCGACCUGGAGAGUGUCAACUCACGCGCAGAGGAAAUUGGAGGAAAGGUCGAUGGGGUUCAAUCUCAAAUGGAGGAACUAUCACCGAAAUUCUCUCGGCUAGAGGCAAUCCUAACUGCUAACAUGGACAAGCAAGCUCCUGAGAAAGAGAUCGAACCAGCCAAGCAGCCACCUUCAGGCUCUGGUGAAAAGGAUGAGUAUUUGUGGCAUGAUGGCCCUCCUCACUUGCGCCGCAAGCAUGCACCACCUGAUGAUCACCAUGAGCAGCCACAUCCAGAUGCUGAUCAGAAUGAGGAAGUUAGGUAUGAGAACUACUACCCACCCUAUCAGGAGCAUGAUCGUGCUGCACCUGAGCAGAGGCAGCAGUACUAUGAGACCCAGCCCUACUUCUUCGAGCCACAACACCCUUACCAAUCCUACCCACAAUCAUAUGAGCCUCCCCCACAUCACCAGCCAAACCCAUUUCCACCUCACCCAAACCACUAUCAGCCAUACCAACACUACCCACAACCAAAUAUACCUCACCCACCCAAUCCUCACUCAUACUACCAAAACCCAAAUCCUAUUCCCUACCCACCACCACAAAACCAAUUCCACUUCACAUAUGAACCUCCACACCCAAACCCCAACAACUACCGAGCUGUAGUUGACCAUGGUGUGAGGCAGCAGCAGCAUGAAAACAAUGGACACAACAUCGACAACACAAUUGCAAGGGAGAGACAUAGGGAAGAGGAUAGAGAACACAGGAAUCAAGGAUAUCCUGAGGAUAGAGGGAGGAACAUGGGCUAUGACAGAGGCAGGGCAGAUACUUGGCUAAGAAACCCAGGUGUUCUGAAGGAGAAACUCACUUGGAAACAAUUCCGUGGCACCUUGAUCACAAGAUUCGCCACAUCCAAUUCAUAUGAUAUUGUUGAGGAAUUCAACAAUAUAAAGCAAGGAGCUAACUCUGUAGAUGACUACACUGAUCGUUUUGAGAUCAAGAUGGCUGACUACAAAAAGGAAAAUCCAGAUGUCAAGGACCCAUAUUACAUCAAAUGCUAUAUCAAUGGGUUGCAUGCUGAAAUUAAGCAUCAGCUGCGUUCAUUCGAGCCCAAAACUCUGUCUCAAGCAGUAGAGCACGCACGCAACAUGGAAAGAAGUGUGUUGGCUACUGCUCAAUAUAGCAAGAAGCUGUUCUCUUCCAACAUUUACACCAAAAAUAACUACACCAGUUCCAGCUUUACUAGACCAAAACAAGUAACUGAGGUAGUUCCUGUGAGAAUGGAAGGUGAUAGGGCCAUUCCUAAACCAGAAACAAAGAUGGAGAACAAACCAAGGGACAACAACUCGUAA